UAAUCCGCUCUCCCACCACGAGAUCAGACAAGAGCCGCACCCAGGAGUUAACAUAACCGUAAAAAUUCUUUUCCGAUCGAGCUUUCUAGUGGCAUCGUAUGUAGCUCUACCUAUACGCAUGAUUUGCUUAUCUUUAUUUUAGCAUCGUUUCAGACAGUUCCCGCUUCGUGGCGUGAUAAAGUCCACGAGGUGGUACGACCUACGCACCGGCAAUCCUCCAGAGGGAAGGAGAGAAAGAAGAUGAGCAGCGGGUUGUCUUGAGGCGGCGCCGAGGUGCCAAGGAUCCUAUCAUGGCGCCGUUCCUUCCAUGGCCGCUGCACCUUUCGCUCUUGACGAUAUCUGCGCUGAUUGCAGCAGCCUAUGUGCAGCCGGACAGCGCAGUCGUGGCCGAAGCCUCGGCGCUGGAGGCAGCUCCCCUGGCGAGCUACAACUACGCCCCAGCAGCAGAGGCUCCCGAGGCCCAGCAGUCCCAGGCGGCGUACAGCGGCUGGGCCGAACAGUACCGUCACCGUCAGCGGCGCAACGCGCUGAGGAGCCGUCGGCGUCGCAUGGACAAUCCUCGGUACUACCAGCCCAACGCGGAGUACGGUUCGGACGCCCAGGUGGCCUGGGAGAACUACCGGCAACGCGCCCACGAGAAGAGGGACUCGCCGGCCGAGAUUCAGCGGCACGACGGCUACCAGGGGUACGCGGCUUCAAUGGAGGCCGACUCGAGCGCGGCCAGGUACAAGAGCAACGACAACCGGAGAGACGUGCAGGCGGAGCAGGCGUACGCUGCUCAAGGAGGCUACGACGACCGUUCCGCGUACAAGAGGUACCAGAAGCAGCGAAGAGCAGCGGUUCCGGAGCCGGCGGCCGUGCCCUCGCAGAAGAGGCGCUCCAACUGGGCCGCCUGGCCGUCCGACUACGGGGAACCCCAGGAGCCCCAGGAGGUCCAGCAGCAGCCCUGGAACGGCCGCUACCCGCAGUACGAGUACGGCGACGACAGGGGCCAGCGGGAAGAGGCCACGGUUGCCGCCCAGCAGCCCAACUACGCCAACGACGUGGCCGGUCAGGACGGCGGCGUCGAGCAGGCGGGAGACAACGAACUCGCUUAUAAAAAGAAGUGA